AUGGGAUCUGGUGCGGAUUCAGAUGGUGAAGUGCACGCUCACCUAACAAAAAAACACAACCACCGGUACGGACGUUGGCCGUGCUUAUGGGCGUCGCGGGUAAACCGAGGUACAAUUAAGCAGGUUAAAGCAAAAAUACAUUUAAAAUUAGACGCCGUGCCUAAAUUUUGUAAAAGUCGACCUAUUCCAUUCGCUCAAAUAAAUCAAUUUAAAAUAGAAGCGCAACGCUUGACUGAUAGUGGUAUUUGGAAACCUAUAAAAUUUAGUGAGUGGGCUUCGCCAAUUGUAUUGGUUACAAAACCAGAUGGCUCUCUUCGCAUUUGCGGCGAUUUCAAAACAACAGUGAACAAACAAAUCGGUGUCGAUCAAUAUCCAUUACCAACGCGAGAAAGCUUACUUCAUAUUGUCCGAUAUGGAAAAUAUUUUUCUAAAAUCGACCUGAAGGAUGCCUACCUGCAAAUGGAGUUGGACGAAGAGGCAAAAAAGGUUUUAGUAGUCAAUACACCACUAGGGCUUUUCCAAUAUCAGCGGCUUCCUUAUGGAAUUGCCAGCGCGCCUGCUAUAUUUCAAAAUCAUUUAGAGCAACUUAUACUAGGUGUAGAAGGAUGUGGUAAUUAUAUUGAUGAUAUAAUCAUCGCGGCCGAAACGGUGGACCUACAUCGUCAACGCUUAGAAAAAAUGUUGUCAAUUUUGAUUGAGAACGGUAUUCGUUGCAAACAAAAAAAAUGUGAAUUUUUAGUGGAAAAACUGGAAUAUUUAGGUAGAACAAUUAGUGCAAAUGGUAUUUUACCUGAUGAAAAAGGUGUUCAGGCUGUAAAAAAGUUGCCACGCCCAACAAACAUUAAAGAAGUCGAAGCAUUUCUGGGUAAAGUGAAUUAUUACCAUAACUUUAUUCCAAAUUUUUCGCAAUUGGCCGCGUCUAUCAAUCAUUUACGUCGGAAGAACAUCAAAUUUGUUUGGGGCACUAAGCAGGAACAAGCAUUUGAAGCUUUAAAACGACACAUAAUAGACGCAACCGAAUUAUCACAUUUUCAAGAACAUUUACCAUUAGUCUUAGCUACUGACGCCUCAUCAUAUGGAAUUGGAGCUGUCCUUGCUCAUCGAAAUCCAGACGGCACAGAGCGCCCUAUUGCUUUCGCAUCAAAAACGCUCAACACUCAUCAAGUUUGUAAGGACGGAAAUUUUGACACCAAAUUUCCGCCUACAUAA